GUCAGCGGCGCGUCAUCAUCAGCUGCUGUAAUCAGCCUACGCGCGCGCGGUGAUUCCCAGCGUCUAUCUCUGCAUCGCGUCCACUGUUCCUCCAUCACGGCCAGGCGUUAGGACACAAACAGCUCGAGUCCGCUCGGAAUCAUGUCUGUCGCGGGACUGAAGAAGCAAUUCCACAAAGCCACUCAGAAAGUUAGUGAGAAGGUCGGAGGGGCAGAGGGAACCAAAUUAGAUGAAGACUUCUUGGAAAUGGAAAAGAAAGUUGACGUCACCACAAGGGCAGUGAUGGACAUUAUGACCAAGACGACGGAGUACCUGCAGCCCAAUCCAGCAACUCGUGCCAAAAUGAGUAUGAUGAGCUCCAUGUCUAAAAUCCGUGGAGGAGAUAAAGGUCCCGGCUACACACAGACCGAAGCCGUCCUGGCAGAGUCCAUGCAGAAGUUCGGCCGGGAACUCAGCGAGGAAUCCAGCUUUGGUCUGGCUCUGAUCGAUGUUGGAGAAGCCAUGCGAGAGCUAGCUGAAGUUAAAGAUGCUCUAGACAUGGAGGUCAAGCAAAACUUUAUCGACCCCCUGCAGAAUUUGCACGAUAAAGACUUAAAAGAAAUCCAGCAUCACCUGAAGAAGCUGGAGGGGCGACGGCUGGACUUUGACUAUAAGAAGAAAAGGCAAGGAAAGCUCACAGAAGAUGACAUGAAGCAGGCCUUGGAGAAGUUUGAUGACUCAAAGGAGAUUGCUGAACAAAGCAUGUUUAACAUUCUGGAAAGCGAUAUUGAACAAGUGAGUCAGCUUUCUGCUCUGGUCCAAGCUCAGGUCAACUACCACAGACAGGCCGCAGAGAUCCUUCAGCAGCUCUCCAGCAAACUAGAGGACAGAAUAAGAGAGACUUCUUGCAAGCCGAGAAGAGAGUAUGUCCCCAAACCUCGCACCUCGGUGGAUUUCAGUGAGAACCACAAUGGCAGCAUCGGGCUCAGCGGCCCGUCCAGAUCACCAGCUCCGAUGGACCAGCCUUGCUGUCGGGCGCUGUAUGAUUUCGACCCUGAAAACGAGGGUGAGCUGGCCUUCAAGGAAGGAGACGUCAUCACCUUAACUAGCAAGAUUGACGAGAACUGGUAUGAAGGAACAGUCAGUGGGCAUUCGGGCUUCUUCCCUGUCAACUAUGUAGAUAUCCUGGUAGAUUUACCCCACUAAGUCUAAUGCAUGACCAAUCAAACCACUUCUUCUGCAAGAGCAGAAAUAACCAAACCUAGCAGCACAAACCAACCGCUCUGUUGUGGGAUUUGCGCAUAGGAAAUAAUAAGCAAUGAAAACGUUUCGAGUGCCCUUCAGUAGAUAUUAUUCCUGAAUGCCACCACUUUGUUAUAUUGAUUAAUUUCAUGUAUUUAAUUUUUCCUGAGGCUGACCUCUGCAUUGCCUGCUGCUAUGACUCCUGUAUGAUUUUCAGUUUAGCCUGUUUUUGUUUCCAGCAGCAAGCCAUGAAUUGGUCUCUUCAUCCGAACCCUUUUAAAAAUAUCUGCAGUUAAGUUAUUUUGGUAUUAAGUUCUUAGCAUAAUGUAUUUAUGAAAAAUUAUUUGAAGGACAAUGGAUGCCAAGUUGAUGUGAAGUAUUAAAUGUGAGGGUUUUUUUUCUUUGAAACUGCAUUAAUUGCAAAACAAAUAUGCUUUCUCAUCUUUCCUGUUCAUAGUGUGAAAUGUUCCGAUGUUUGUUUAAUGUCUUAAAACAAGUGAUGUUAGAUUUGACCAUUUAAAUCAAUUCAUAUUUAGCAACAGAGAAAAAAAAAAAAACGAGAUGAAAGUUAAGUGAAUCGUUUAUUUGUUACAGUGUGUCAUCUGUCUGUCAUGUAACGUUCUGUACAGUCCUACGUUCACAUUCCAUGGAUGCGGAACUGGUCACUAAGAUUCAACCCAAAACACUUUCGUGUGUAUGUGUGUGUGUAUAUAUUACUAUAAAUAUGUCUGAGUGCGUUAUCUGAACCCAUGAAACAUAUCAAAACGCAUAUCAAAUUUUGUCAUAUUUGCCUGAUGUCUGAUUUAAGUCUAGAAAGAAUUCCUGACUCUGAAUGAUGUUUACUAUUGGCUUAAAAUUUCCACAGGCAGAAUAAGAUAUGUUCUUCUUAAUAUUUGUGUCUUUAGUUGUUUUUAUCAGCUCGAAGAGCCCCUUUAUAUUUAAAUAAAGCAUAUCUAGUAUUGGCAGGACAUUCCAAUAUUUUUUCAGUCGUGUUGUUUAUCCUCAGUGAGGUCAUUUUUGUGUUUAUCCCGUGUGUGUGUGUGUGUGUGUAGUCCUGUAACUCUAGUACCACGUGUUGCUUUUGGAUCAGUGUUGAAGC